UUGUUCGAGCAUUCCGUAACCGGUGGCAAAUGCAAACGAAGUUCGUUGUUGUUGGCGGCCUAUAAAGCCCUUUCUGGACAAAAACGACAAAGUGAGGAGCAGAUGAAACAAGUGGUCAAUACGGCAGCUUGCCUCGAACUUAUGCAAAGUUUCUUCGUUAUCGAAGACGACAUUAUGGAUGAUGGUGUUAAAAGACGGGGCAGAUUGUGCUGGCAUCGGCUGGAUGGAGUUGGAAAAAACGGCAUCAAUGACGGAUUGUUGCUGGAUUGCUUGGUUCCGUUUGUACUAUCCACCAAUAGAGUUCCUUCCGCUGUGAGGGAUGCUGUUGAUGAGGCACGACGUUUUACAGUGAUUGGGCAGAUGCUGGAUGCUGAUACCAAACAUGCCGAAGACUGCACUUGGCAAAGGCAUCAAGCUAUUGUACAACAUAAAACAUCACAUUAUACUUACUUCACACCAUUGGAGAUUGCAGCAUUGUACACUGGACAGUUGGUAAUUAUCGAAAGAUUGAAACGGAUUGCCUAUCAGUUGGGAUAUCUCUUCCAGUCUGUUGAUGAUUACAUGGAUUGUUUCGGUGAUGAAUCAGUGACGGGUAAAGUUGGCAGUGAUUUGAGAGAGGCCAAGUGUACGUGGGUCACUUGUAAAGCCAUGGAAAAGUUGGAAGAGCAGCCGAUCCUCUUUGAAGAAUUUCGGGAUAAUUUUGGUAAGCCGGACAUUGCUUCGGAGCAAAAACUGAAAGAUGUCAUAGCAAUUUUGAAAGUGGCUGAUGACUUUCCGGCAUUUCACGAAAGACAUGCGGGAAGGAUUGCAUCUGAAAUUGAUCAUUUCCCGAUGAUCGAUCUCCGACCGAAAAGUAAUGUGAUGAAAAAAUUCGAAGAUAAACAUGAUAUGUUCGGACAGGCGCCACCACCGGCUUGUCCACUGGGCUGA